AUGUCUCCCUCUGACAAACCACUGCACCUGCACCUGCACCUGCGCCUUGUCAGACCCCUUGCAAGAGCCUAUCUCCUGGGCUUGCUCUCCACCAGUGGUCCCCGUCUUGCUCGCGUCCUGCUCGCGCUGGCAAAGGGGCAGCUAUGCUACCGAUCAGCAUGCAGUCAGGUCGCUGAAAUCCUCCACCAUGCCAUCCAGCCCUAUCGCUUCCCCGCCUUUUGUGGCACACUUGUCGGCGGCGCCUGCCUUCUCCAGAUCCCUAUAGGCGCCCUACUAACCCUCCUCCUCCGGCUUGUCCCCAGACGCUGUCCCGACCCUCAUGCGCCCCUCCGGCUCACCCGCUUCAUUGCAGCCCUCGUCUCAGCCUCUGUUUCCUUCACCAUGCUGAACCGCAUCCCUGCCAGCGCCCAAUUACGAUUGCAGUCGGAGAAAAACAGGGAGGCAUCCCUCAGGUCGGGCCAUCCCGGAGGUGCUGAACCCAGUCCCUUCAACGAUCCGCCCAAAUUGCGCUCAUUGGAUGUUGACGAUGCCGCCCUCAAAGCCGGUUCCCUUUCAAGGCUGCAUCUAGCUGGACGCACAAUGGAUUUGACGCUAUUCGCCGUCACUAGAGCACUAGACAUUGCUAUAAGCAGUGCCUGGGCGCGCCUUCCAGCCAGGACCUCGUCCAAGCUUCGAGUCGUACCCAACAACGCCCCGACGUGGCUGUUUUGCUUCUCUGCCGCUAGCAUCAUGCACGCCUGGUUCUACAGCCCCUUGCAACUUCCCAGAACCUACAAUAAGUGGAUCUCUGCCGCGGCGGAGCUCGAUCAGAGGCUUCUGACUGCCCUCAGGCAUGCGCGUUAUGGUAACUGGGAGUACGGGAAGGAUACGGGCAUGGCUCCUCUUCUCGGGUCCAUGUGCCGCGACUACGGCCUGCCGGAGAUUUGGGGGGAUCCCGCCCACACUGUGCCUAUCCCUUGUGAGCUUGUCCACAUGGGCCAAGGUAAGAGCUGCGAGAAACAUGCGCUUUGGAGGUUCUGGAGAGGUUGGGCUUUUGCUGCGAAGAUGUAUGGGCCCCUGCAGCUCAUUGUCUUGCUCCGCAAAGCGAUCAAAGAGCGUAAGCCCCCGGGUAGGCUCCGCCUACGCCUUCAGUUGCCUGUCAUCCUCGGCGCCUUCGCCGACAUGGCGCGAAGUUCGGCCUUUCUGGGAGCGUUCAUCUCCCUGUUUUACUAUGGUGUUUGUCUGUCCAGGACACGGCUGGGUCCCAAGCUUUUCUCAUCCAAGACCGUGACGCCUCAGAUGUGGGAUUCGGGACUGUGCAUUCUGGCAGGGUGUCUCCUCUGCGGAUCUAGCAUACUGGUUGAACACGCAAAAAAGCGCAUUGAGAUUCUCUUCUUUGUCCUGCCGAGAGCAGCGGCAGUGUGGUUUCCAAGACGCUACCUCCCGAAGAAUAGGUGGAAGGAGCACGUUGCGUUUGCAUUGAGUGCGGCCUUGGUCUUGACCACUGCGCAGGAGGACCCAGCGAGGGUGCGCGGUGUAUUCGGGAAACUGUUGCCGAGAAUUCUCAAGACAGAUUAG